AUGUGGCCCACUCCCAAGGUUGCUUUCCUCCUCUUGACGGCGCGCUCGCUGCUCGUCAGCGGGUCGCCCGUCGACGGGGACGCCGUGGAUGCUGCUGUCCUCGCCAAGCGCCAGUGCCCGCAGAUCCACGUCUUCGGUGCUCGCGAGACUACCGUGUCGCCGGGUUACGGCACCGCCGGUCAGGUCGUCAACCUGAUUCUGGGUGCUUACCCCGGGGCUACCGCUGAGCCUAUCAGCUACCCAGCAUGCGGAGGCCAGGGUAGCUGUGGUGGCGUCAGCUAUGGCGAUUCGGCAAGGCAAGGCACCGGCGCUGUGGCGUCGGCUGUCAACAGCUUCCACCAGAGGUGCCCCAACUCCCAGAUUGUGCUUGUCGGGUAUUCCCAGGGCGGUCAAAUCAUGGACAACGCCGUUUGCGGUGGUCCCGACAGCGGCUCCGGUAUCACUUCGACAGCUCCUCCCAUUUCGUCUUCGGCCCUCAACCAAAUCAAGGCCGUCAUUCUGAUGGGCUCACCGCGCUAUGUCGCCGGCCUGUCCUACAACGUCGGCACCUGCUCCGCCCAGGGUUUCGCCCCCCGCCCCCGCGGCUACGUCUGCGGUUCCAACUCGGCGUCCAAGAUCAAGAACUACUGUGACUCGACCGACCCCUACUGCUGCACGGGCAACGACGCCAACUCCCACCAGCAAUACGGCGUCAAGUACGGCCAGCAGGCCCUCACCUUUGUCAAGAGCAAGCUCAGCACUUCUGGCGGUGGUGGCGACGGUGGCUCGCAAACGACGCCGUCAACUCCGGAGCCUACCGGCGGUAACGGCGGCGGCAACACCGGGAACUGCGCUGCCAAGUGGGCACAGUGUGGCGGUCAGGGGUGGCAAGGGGCUACUUGCUGCCAGAGCGGCUCGACCUGCCAGGCUUCCAACCAGUGGUACUCUCAGUGCCUGUAA